CGACCACGCUGACUGGAUUGUAAAUUCGGGAAAAAUCAGAAAUGGACGAUUCAGCUGGAGAUCCAGAUUUAGCCUUUCAUGUUUCUGUGUUGGAAUCUCUUGUUUGUGCCCUUUCACCUAUAAAACUCAUCGUAUGCAACGGGGGUGCAGCAAGAGGGAUCAGUUUUUCACAAGCAAGUGUGUUAGUUGAUUUCAUGUUGCAUUUGGAUCGCAAAGGACGCGCAUUGACGAAUGUCUACCCUUUCACUGAUAUAUUCAAAAAGGGAAACGAUCUUUUAACAGACUAUAUAAAAUUUGGCAAAACAUCAUCAGGCAUAAAUCAUCAAAUACUGGAAGCUCUGUUGUCGUUUCUUUCCAAAGUCGAGGAAGCAAGCGAGGGACUUCAAGUAGAAAAGCAAGAAUCGGAACGAAACAAAAGUGAAACUGACUGGACAGCUAGACUUGCCAUCCAUUUUUUUUCACCUCUUUCACAAACCAAAGACUAUGUGCUAGAUAAUCAUGGCAUGAAAAAAUAUGAAAGAUGUCCAUGUUCCUGUAACAAAAUAAUCAGAUAUGGGGACACAUCAAUAGGUAAUCCUAAAACUUGGUAUGGGAGAUUCGACAUUUUAAUUGGAAAAUUUACACAUGAGGAAAGCUGUGAAGAAUUGAAUAAGCAAAGGUGUGAAAUUGAUAUUGGUGCAACGGUAGUACCGACAUCUGAAAAUCCAGACACCGACUCUUCAGAUGAUCAAUUGUUAAGCAAUGAUGAGCCUUCUCAAACAGAAGUUGAGACAGAUGACUUGAAUAACCACUUGUCACAUUUGUUUUCCCAAACCAUUGUGUUGUCUUUUUAUCAGAAAAAAUGUAAUCCCGCUUUAAACAUUGUUCCCUUGAUUGGAGUGAGUAAGACCCACAUUCAGUUUCAUUUCUAUGACUCUGAGAAAGACAUAUAUCUGGCAAGUAAUCAAAUGCCAUUGUUUUAUAAAAAUAAAACCUUGCAGAUUCCUACAGUGAUUGCAACCUGGUUAGUGUUAAACUACAAGCAUCUGUCAUCAGGUGUGACAAGAAAUAUCGAAAACGACGGAAAGUUCGGGUUCCAUUCUCAGAUUUUGCCUGAAAGUUUACAUCUGUAUCAGAAUGAUAUUGAAGUGGGCCAUAAAGUUGAGCCUGAAACAUUUUUGUUAAAUGCCGAUUAUCAUGCUACUCUUGUACUAAGAAAGGAUGACAAAAUGGACUAAGAUACUCAUAUCCCAACAUGCAGUUUAUUGUUUGUC